AUGUUCUUUUCGUCCCGCCCAACCAAGACUAUAAGACUCGAGAUCAGUGAUAUAACGUCUCUCCUCAUAUUCAAGAGACAUUCAUCCUCGAAGAGAUGGCAAGCACGUCAGAUCAAAGACCGUUUUACAAGGGCUGCGGCAGUACAAGGCUUGAAGAGCCGUGCAGCUUUCAAAUUAUUGCAGAUCGAUGAGAAAUAUCACAUUUUCAAGAGUGGGCAAACAGUGGUGGAUCUGGGAUACGCCCCCGGCUCCUGGUCUCAGGUGGCAGCGACUCGAACUCAACCAAACGGUCGAGUCCUGGGCGUAGACAUAAUCCCAGCACAGCCCCCCAAAGGGGUCUCUACCAUACAGGGCAACUUCCUUGCCCCAGAUAUUCAGGCUUACGUUCGUGAGUUCCUCCGCGACCCUUGUAGAGGCAGGCCGCGUUCUCCUGGUCCGUGGGACGGAGACGAACACAAUACGACCGUGAGUUCGACCGCGAGCCUGGAGCAAAAUAGCGAGUGCAUCGGAACAGAUACGGGCAAUCUUCCCCAAAGUGAUGCCGUGUCGGAGAGAACAGUAGAUGUGGUUUUAAGCGAUAUGUGUGCUCCCUGGUUCCAAACCACCGGCUUCUGGAAGCGAAGUCUAAGUGACCCUUAUGAUAGGAUGAUGAACACAAGCGGCGUGAAUUUUCGAGAUCACGCCGGCAGCAUGGACCUCUGCCGUGCCGCAUUGCAAUUCAGCUUCGACACCCUAAGGACGGGAGGUCAUCUCAUUUGCAAAUUUUAUCAAGGGGUCGAGGACAAAGAACUAGAGAGACAGUUCAAAGCACUCUUCCAUAGAGUGCACAGGAUCAAGCCAGAGUCUUCACGCAACGAAUCAAAGGAAGCGUACUUUGUUGGCCUCGACAGAAGGAAUAACGCGUCGAAGAAUGAGGUCCUCAUGCAGUCCUAA